CGGGCAUCGUCUUCCAAGUUUAGCGGCUGGACGGACGAGCUCCUAAUUCUACCAGCUUGAAUCACCCAAUUGCGCCCACAAAACAGUUCUCUACAAUGGCCGCCGAACCCUCCGCCCCUGUCAAAGCUCCUACGAGCGCCAUUUCCAGACCCGUCAGCGAGACGCUCCUGAACGAAAAGUGGGAUCGCUGCUUGUCCAACCUCCUCGUCAAGUCCACGAUUGGUCUCGGUUUCGGUGUCGUCUUCUCAGUUAUCCUCUUCCGUCGUCGAGCUUGGCCAGCCUUCAUCGGUGCCGGCUUUGGUGCUGGCCGCGCGUACGAGGAAUGCAACUUCAACCUCAAGCAGGCUGCUCGCGAUCUUAAGAAGAGCUCAUAAAUACCCAACUCACGAUACAUAUUCAACUAGAACUGCACUUUCGGCGCGCUCGGGAAGACAAUGGAUGGAUCACACCUUUGCUGAUCAGGAAAAUUUGCGUAUUGAAUUGUUCAAAAAAUUAGGACGACUGAGACAGCAUGGGAUAUUGCCAACAGACGGUAGUUUUGUUAAUGUACAACACAUCAUCUCUCUAUUCUUGAUGCUUGUAACAGGAUGACGGUAUGCUUCGCUUCCACAUGCAACUUGACCACCGAUCCAAGUAUUCAACCAUCUGCACGGUGCUCAAUGCUGCUGCCAAAGGGCCGGUCAUCUUUCUCAUGAACUAACAUUCGCUCCCUUUGCCCAUUGAUAUCGGUUCUCCAAGACAAUACUCGCCUGUACAGUGUUGCUUCUUCGUCCAAUGCUGGUAGCCAACCUUCUACUGGGAGAUCUUGCAAUGGAUGGUCCAGAUCGGAAGUAUACUGCAGUAUUUCUUCGGGGUUUCCCUUCAAAUUCAGAGUAUCGUUUGAUGCAUCGAGCAAGCCUCGCAAGCUUUCCAUUUCGUCCUUUUGAUAGGAGCCGGGCUUUGACAGGUCCAGGCGGCCAGUAGUGAUAGCAAUCUCUCGAUCUGAUGCCACAGUUUCAUCUUUGGCAGCCAUAUCGUCGAGCGUUUUUGGUAAAUCUAAAGUCGCUAUACUACCCUGUUUAGACUUGUUCUGUACAACUGUGAAAUUGGAUAUUGUGUUGAAGACGACCAGAACACUCAUUAAUAAAA